UCGGGAGUCGACUGUAUUUCUACGAGUAUUGUGAGUCUGCUGACAAAUCUUUAAAAAAUUGGGUGUUUGGAAAAAAAAAAGAUUACGUUGUGUGAUAAGGAUCGCUGAAGGUCUGUUGGUAGUUGUUUUACGACAGUUAUGAAGAUUGGUAGAGUUUGCUUUAUUAGUAAUCUGUUGUACAUAUAUUUGGGCUUUUAUAUGAGCACAGCUGUUUGGCUGUUUGUAAAUAGUUGCUCAACCUGUGACUUUUCACGUGCUGUUGAAACAACAAAUCAAGCCGUUGCAACUAAUUCAAAAUUGCGACUGAAAAGUUUGAUACUAUCUGUCCCGUUAGGUUGAGCCAACCACCACUCUACAACAAGAGAAAUUCAGUGUGAGUUGUGACUCGGUCAGCCAAAAGAUUUUCACAACAAAGAUCAGUCAUGGGCGUCAAGUUUGUAAUCUGCUUUCUAUUGAGUGUCUGCGUAACCAUUACCUGCGCUCCUUGUCCGGUGUUCUAUGGAGUAGCAAAUGGUAAACUCUACAAAAUAUAUCCUGAACCUCAAUUUUCCAAGGAACAUUGGAUCGGAUCAGCCAUCGAAUUAGGCAGUGGAGGCUGGGGCGACUUCAAGUUCCUGUUCUUUCAUCCACACGGCACCUUGUAUGGAGUAUUACAUGGUAAGUUCUACAAGGGGGCAUUACGUGAAGGCACCUCGUCAACGGAGUGGAUUGCUCAAGCAACCCUUAUCGGAACUGGGGGAUGGGAUGACUUCCAGCUCCUUUUCUUUGACCCUGACGGAAUGUUGUAUGGCGUUCAUAGCGAUAAGUUUUACAAAAGGGGUCCGCCAACAGCUGCUAAUGACAACUGGCUUGGAUCCGCCACACUGGUGGGGUCAGGUGGAUGGUCGGUCUUCAAGCGCCUCUUCUUCGAUGCACAGGGAAACUUAUUCGGCGUCGAAAACGGCAAGUUAUACAAGAGGAGUCCUCCCAAACACGCAGGUGACAGCUGGUUAGGAUCGGCCACACUCAUUGGCUCGACGGGAUGGAGUGAUUUUCAGUUCCUUUUCUUCACGGUGGAUGGUGAGUUGUAUGGCGUCAAUGAAGAUAAGUUGUACCAGCUUCCACAACGUGACGACUGGCAGACCUCCUCGACGCUCAUCGGUGAAAAUGGCUGGUCCGAGCUUAAAUUCCUGAUGGCAAAUUGGCAAGAUUCCUAGCUGUCUUCACAUCCAAUACUUCUACAUUUAAACACGUAGACAAUAACCUUUAAUGUGGGCUAGACUGUAUUAAUUAAGUCGGAGUGGAAUUAACGUGAAGGGCUUCUAAAUGUCUAUGAAUGUUUCCUUUUUGUAGGAAAUACUUAGAAUAAAUGAAAGACGUACGAUGUCAUCUGGAUUCUGUGUUUUAAUUUCUGUCUUGCAGUGAAGAUCUCAAUGUUGGAUUACCGUAAGAACCCAUUAGGUUAUCAUUUUGAGCCGUCGCUAAGAAAAAUUUAUUGUCAAAUAACCUCGUCAUUU